AUGGCAUCAUAUUUUACCCCCGCGCAGAGCCCUCCCGCCGGAACAGCCCUGGAAUCCACCUCUCUCCCAAAGCUGUUUACUCCCCUCAAAAUCCGCGGCCUUAUAGUGCAGAAUCGCCUCUUCCUCGCCCCUCUCUGCCAGUGGUCAGGCGAAAAUGGCUACACGACAGACUGGCACCUCAUUCAUCUUGGUGGUAUCAUCCAACGCGGCCCUGGCCUCUCAAUCAUCGAGUCCACGGCCGUGCAGAAAGAGGGCCGCAUCACGCCCCACGACAUUGGAAUCUGGGAAGAUGGACAGAUCACCGGCCUGAAGCGGAUAGCGGACUUUGUGCACAGUCAGAGCCAACUGAUCGGUAUCCAGCUCAGUCAUGCUGGGCGCAAGGCGAGUACCAUGGCGCCGUUCCUGGACAAGAAUGCGACUGCGCAAGAGGAGGAUGCGGGGUGGCCGGAUGAGGUCUACGCUCCUUCUGGAGUCCCUUUCAACGAUGUCUAUCCUCGGCCUAAGGCUAUGACGAUUGAGCAGAUCCACGAUCUCAAGAAGGCGUUUGUCGAUGCGGCACUACGAUCGGUCAGGGCUGGAUUUGACAUCGUCGAGAUCCAUGCGGCGCAUGGGUAUCUCAUUCACCAGUUUCUGAGCCCGAUCAGCAACAAGCGGACAGACCAGUAUGGAGGGGCCUUUGAGAACAGGGUGCGGCUACUUCUUGAAAUCACAGACGCGGUCCGGGCAGCAAUCCCAGCAGAAAUGCCCUUGUUCGUUCGGAUCAGUGCCACAGAUUGGUUCGACGACUUGACCGAUGAGUUUCCGCAGAGCUGGACUGUGGCGGACUCGUGCAGGCUUGCUCCUAUUCUUGCCGGGCGUGGUGUUGAUUUCCUGGAUGUCAGCUCGGGCGGCAUUCAUCCCAAGCAGUCUACAAGCAUCAAGUCUGGUGAUGGAUACCAGGCGCCGUUUGCUUUGAGGAUCAAGGAAGCUGUCGGAGAUGCCAUGCUGGUGUCUGCUGUUGGAGGUAUCCGGACUGGUGAAAUGGCAGAGGGAUUCCUGCAGCAGGGUCUUGAUGUCGUUAUGUGCGGUCGUUGGUUCCAGAAGAACCCCGGUCUAGUCUACCAGUUUGCAGAAGAGCUGGGGGUGAAGGUCAAGAUGUCGAGUCAGUACGGAUGGGCGCUUGGAGGCGGGAGAAGGAGGAAAUGA